CUCACUUCCGACUCUGCGUGGAAGAGAGGAAAAGUUGUACGUCAGGAGUCAAAAAGUUUUUUUUCUUGCGAUUCAUUCAGUGAAAAAUAGCAGCGCGAUAUUGUUUAAACACAGCUGCCUUUUUCGGAGGAUACGUAAGUUUGUGCUGCUGUAGUGAGCGCUGUAAGUCGGAGUAAAUGCUCGGGAUGUCCGCCAACAGUGUGUCGUAUAACGAUCAGGGCUCGGUGGAGUCCGGCGUGGACGCGGCGCAGGAGAACAGCAACAUCAGCAGCGGCAGUGGAGGGGCCGCGUUCAGCCUCUUCAGCGCUGACUGCAAGAAAAAUGAUGAUCUGAAGGAGAUGCUGGAAAACAACAAAGAGUCUCUGAAACUGGAGGCUAUGAAGAGGAUAGUCGGGUUGAUUGCCAAGGGUAAGAAUGCAUCUGAACUUUUUCCAGCUGUGGUGAAGAACGUCGCAAGUAAAAACAUUGAGCUGAAGAAGCUGGUGUACGUGUACCUCGUCCGGUAUGCAGAGGAACAGCAGGAUCUCGCCCUCCUGUCAAUCAGCACCUUCCAGCGGGCCCUCAAGGAUCCAAAUCAGCUUAUCAGAGCGAGCGCUCUCAGGGUCCUGUCUAGUAUCAGAGUUCCCAUCAUCGUCCCCAUCAUGAUGCUGGCCAUCAAAGAAUCAUCCACCGAUCUUUCACCUUACGUCCGGAAAACCGCCGCUCACGCCAUUCAGAAACUCUACAGUCUGGACCCUGAUCAGAAGGAUCAUCUCAUCGAAGUGAUUGAGAAACUCCUGAAAGACAAAAGCACGCUGGUUGCCGGCAGCGUGGUGAUGGCUUUUGAGGAGGUAUGUCCAGACCGGAUCGAUUUGAUCCAUAAGAACUAUCGGAAGCUGUGCAACAUGCUGGUGGAUGUGGAGGAGUGGGGUCAGGUCGUCAUCAUACACAUGCUGACACGCUACGCCAGGACGCAGUUUGUAAGCCCGUGGAGAGAGGAUGCAGUGUUUGAUGAGAACAGCGAGAAAACCUUUUACGAUUCUGAGGAAGAGAGGAGAGUGGAAGAGCCUAAAACGUACGUCAUGGAUCCGGACCACAGACUCCUGCUUAGAAACACUAAGCCACUGUUGCAGAGCAGAAACACUGCAGUUGUGAUGGCAGUAUCUCAGCUCUACUGGCAUUUGGCCCCUAAACAUGAAAUUAGCAUCGUCACCAAGUCCCUGGUGAGACUCUUGAGGAGCCACAGGGAAGUUCAGUAUGUUGUGUUGCAGAACAUUGCCACGAUGUCCAUUCAGAGAAAGGGGAUGUUUGAACCCUUCAUGAAGAGCUUCUAUGUGAGGUCUACAGAUGCCACUCACAUCAAAACACUCAAGCUGGAGAUUUUAACUAGCAUGGCUAAUGAAGCAAAUAUCUCCACCAUACUGAGAGAAUUCCAGACAUACGUGAAGAGUCAGGAUAAGGCGUUUGCUGCGGCCACCAUCCAGGCCAUCGGCCGGUGUGCCACUGACAUCUCUGAGGUGACCGACACCUGCCUCAACGGCCUGGUCCUGCUGCUGUCCAACAGAGAUGAGACUGUUGUCGCGGAGAGUGUGGUGGUCAUCAAGAAACUUCUGCAAACUCAACCAUCACAGCACAGUGACAUCAUCAAACAUAUGGCCAAACUCUUCGACAACAUCACUGUACCAAUGGCGAGGGCCAGCAUCCUGUGGCUGAUGGGUGAAUACUGUGAACACGUGCCUAAAAUCGCCCCUGACGUCCUGCGAAAGAUGGCCAAGACCUUUACUAGUGAGGAGGACAUUGUCAAACUGCAGAUCGUCAACUUGUCUGCCAAACUCUACUUGACCAAUUCCAAACAGACAAAAUUGCUGACUCAAUACAUAUUGAACUUGGGCAAGUACGAUCAGAACUAUGACAUCAGAGACCGAACACGGUUCAUUCGUCAGUUGAUUGUUCCAAACGAGAAGAGCGGAGCCCUGAGCAAAUACGCUCGUCGGAUCCUGAUGGCGCCCAAACCGGCUCCUGUUUUGCAGUCUGCCUUUAAAGACCGAGAUCGUUUUCAGCUUGGCACGCUCUCUCAUUCGCUCAAUUCUCAUGCUACUGGGUACCUGGAGCUUUCUAAUUGGCCAUCUGUCGCUCCUGACCAAUCAGUCAGAAAUGUGGAGGUAGUAGAGCCGGUGAAAGAGGCCCUGGCACCAGCGCUUGGUAAAUCCAAACAUCGCAAAUCAGAUGAGAAGUUCUACUCUGGUUCUGAGGAGGAAGAGGAGGAAGAGGGAAGCAGCAGUGAGGACAGUAGUAGCAGCAGUGGAGAAUCAGAAAGCGAAUCGAAGAGUGAGGAGAACAGCGAUGAUUCAAACAAGAGCAGCUCCAGCCAAUCAGAGAAGAGCUCCAGUGAAUCAGACACUGAUAAGAAGAAAACGCAGAAAAACAAAAAGCUACAACAGCAGAAACCAGCCAGCAAAGACAGGAAGCUGAAGAAUGGGAAAGCUGCAAAUGACAAAUCCAGAUCCGGAAGUGAAUCAGAUUCUGAGAGUUCCUCGUCUGAAAGCUCGUCUGAAUCCGGAUCGGAAUCUGAACUGGAUUCAAAUUCAGACUCGGGGACAGAUCAGAAGAGAAAAACACAGUCUAAAACUGUCCAGUCCAAACCGGUUACAAAGCAGGCUGAGAAGAAGGAAGUCUCUCUCCUCGAUCUGGACGACUUCUCGCCCAUGCCGGUGGCCACACCCAAGAGCUCCAUCAUGUCUCCUAGUCUUCUGUCUGACCUGCAGGGGCUCUCAAUCUCACCCAGCGCAUCAGCCUUACAGGCGAGUUCUCCCGUGUUUGUGCCGGAAACCUCCCAUGAGCUGCUCCACAGGAUGACUGGUAAAGGUCUGUCCGCCCAGUACCGCUUCACCCGCCAGCCCUGUAUCUAUGGCAACAGCAUGGUGUCCCUGCAGCUGACCCUGAGCAACAACAGUGAGCAAGCCCUCGAGAACAUCCACAUCUCUGAGAAGAGUUCCAGCGGACAAAACAUCCAUCGCUUCAGCGCUAUCGAGCGUUUGGAGCCGCAGGCGUCAGUAACAGUGUCCAUGGGUGUGGACUUCAAUGACUCCACACAGGCUGCAAACUUCCAGCUAUGUACUAAAGAAGAUGAAUUCAGCGUGUCCAUCCAGCCUGCAGUAGGAGAGCUGCUACUGCCCAUCACAAUGAGUGAAGCAGACUUCACCAAAGAGCAGGGUAAACUGGUGGGCAUGAACGAGUCAUCGGCAACAAUUACAACAACGCCAGAGAACAUCUCCAGCCAAUCAGUAAACAGAAAUGUGGUGUCUGCCGCCAACCUAGGUGUGAUCCCAUCCAAUCAAGAGAACAUACACAGGUUUGCUGGUAAGACGGUGAGUUCUGGUUCUCUGGUCCUGGUGUCAGUCGCCCUGAAGGAUCCUGAUGCUCUGAUCACCGUUAACACCGAGAAAACCGUGAUCGCAUCUAUGCUUCUGAGACAGUUUAAAACGGCCCUGACAAACAUCACCCCCUAGAAGUGCUCACACUCACAAGCUCAGUGCCAUCAUUCAAAUAGAGCUCACUUUAGGUUAUAAUGACACUUGGGAUGGUUUUAUUGUCUUGAGAAGAUAUCCUUUCAGGCUAUGAGUGUGUAAAUCACAAAACAGAAAGACUUUAUAAUCUGUCCACAUUCUCUAUGCCCCAAAUAUGCUUGCAUUAGUCUCUGCUUUCAUGAAGAGUGCAUCAAUGUUCUCUGCUAAUAUAUAUUCGCAAAUUCUUUUCAAGCUCAAUACUGACUAUUUGGAGUAUUUUUUUUUUAUUGGGAGGAUUUAAUUUUGAGAAAAUCCCAGAUAACAUGAUGUCAGCAGUUUGUACCUUUUUUUCUGUGUGAUCAAAACAUGCAAAAUGUUCAGACAUGUGACGUGCCUUCCUUUAAAUGAUAAUUCCAGGAGCCCGACAGGCUCCCAGACCAGUUACAGUACAUUUACUCAUAAUUACAGUGAUUAAAAAAAUGUAUGGAAACUGAGAAGUUUUGGUUAAUUUGUGUGAUGUUAGCUGUGUCGUUAUUGUCAAAUGAUCACAAGACAUGAUGUCUGGUUUAAAUGAAGUUGAUAAAGUGGAUCUAGUCUUUCUUAACUGUA